AUGUCUAUUCCUAAUGUACGUCUUAUUCUGAAAAUGAAAUUACUGCAAUUUGAUGAAGAUGUCCGACCGGCCUAUUACGGUACAUGGACAAACAAGAAGAGUAAUAUAAUCACGCAUAAGCAGCCAUUAGCAAAGGAUGCCGCUUUAUUCGAUUACGAUGCGGACAGUGAAGCGGAAUGGGAGCCUGAAGACGAUGAAGGCGAGGAUAUUCAUAGUGCAGAUGAGCAGGAUGAUUUUGAGGAUAGUGAUAUGAUGGACCCUGAAGACACCGGUUGGCUUGUACCAGAAGGAUAUUUAUCUGAUAGCGAAGGUGUGAAUGAUGAAGAUGAGGAAGAAAUCGAAAAUAGAAAAAUGAAGUAUCAGAAUGGAGGACAUGGUAUCUCUCAAAGAAAGUCAACUCGACCUACCAUCCAAAAAAUUGUGUUGGGCCCCUUUUUUGAAGGAGAGGAAGAGAAUCAUAAUACAGUCGAAUAUGAAGCUUUCAAAGUCUAUGAGACGCAGUUAUUUAUUGACAUACCAAGGGAGGGAUACGACCCAUUCUAUAAAGAGCCUUCUACUAGCAAUGCUACCGCUGUUGUUUCAGCAAUAGCAGGCGACAUGGAUAAUGGACAAAGCACCUCAGCAACAACAAAUCCUUCAAGCAAAGUGGAAUUUACCGAUGUACAUAAACAUGCCUUAAUUAGUGUUAUUAUUGAGAAACCAACAGAGUCGAUACCAAAUUUGAUCCAAGAGGCCAAAGCUAAUUCUGUACUAAAAGAUGUUUCUAAAAGGCAACUGGAAAUGAAUAUCAAGAAUAUUGCUGUGAAGGAAAAACGAGGAUCAGACAAAGUAAACUAUAUAAAUUUAUAG